CGCACGUAACAGUUAAUCCCUUUUUUGACACCGGCAUUUUCAUUUCCUUUAGUUGAUAGAACGUUCUCACUGUCUUUGGAAGUCAACAAAAAGUGUAGUUUGAUAACUUUUCUAUCACUUCAGUGUUAACAGUUUUUCUCUCGGAAAGCAAUCUGAGCACUCGGUGUUUGUACGGUAACCAGGUUAUUCGUGUAUAUUUUUUGUCGCUGUCAGUUGACGUUUUUAUUUCUCCGACUUGUGUUGGUUAGAGUAAUCCGUGGACUGGGUCAAUUUUGUCCUUUACGUUGAUAUUGUUUCGCUUUAUCUUUUGUCACAGCAUUUUUCGUAGUCAGUAUAUUGACAAAUUUAAUGCGACUAUGGAUCAAGUAGAGAUCAUUGCUAAUUCAACGGAAAAUUCAGCAGGUGUUGCCAAACAGGACUGUGGGAAGAAGUGUCCUUGGGGCAGUACCUCAUAUGUCAGUGUUCCUUGUUCACUGACUGAUGUAAUGAGUGAAGAAUUGGCAAAAGAAUUACAGAAGGAAGAAGAAAUUACAGCAUUUCAAAACGUUGUUGUUGUUGAUGAAAUGCCUUUCGUUACUGGAGACAAUAUUGAUACAUCUAGUGACAUGGUGCUGGCACAAAUGCUGCAGAUGGAGUAUGAUAGAGAGUUUGAUGCACAACUAAAGCGUGAGGAGAAGAAAUUUAAUGGAGACAGUAAAGUGACUGUAUCCUUUGAGAAUUACAGAAAACUACAACCCUUUGAUAGUGAUAGCUCAGAGGACGAAGUAGACUGGCAGGAUACACGUCAUGACCCCUACAAAGCUGAUAAGCCUUCUGCAACUCCUAAAAAGGGGUUUACAGGAAAAGGAAAAGACAUUACCACCAAACAUGAUGAAGUGGUGUGUGGAAGAAAGAAUACAGCACGUAUGGAAAAUUUUGCACCAGAAUUUCAAGUUGGUGAUGGAUUAGGAAUGGAUCUGAAGCUGUCCAACCACGUCUUUAACGCUUUAAAGCAAUACUCUUAUAAUGAGCAGCGUCGCAGUGCCAGGUUGCAUGAGAAGAAGGAACACUCAACUGCUGAAAAAGCAGUUGACCCAAAGACACGUCUGCUGUUAUACAAGAUGGUAAAUGCUGGCAUUCUGGAGAGUGUCACUGGUUGUAUCAGUGAAGGCAAGGAAUCUGUGGUGUUUUACGCUAAAGGAGGAAAGAUGGAGGAUAAAGUUGUGCCUGAAGAAUGUGCAAUUAAGGUGUUUAAAACAACUCUAAAUGAGUUUAAAAACCGUGAUAAGUACAUUAAGGAUGACUACCGCUUUAAGGAACGCUUCAGUAAGUUAAAUCCACGCAAGGUCAUCCGUAUGUGGGCUGAGAAGGAGAUGCACAAUCUCACAAUGAUGCAACAGCUGUAUCACGAGUGCAACCUUGUCCAUGCUGAUUUAAGUGAAUACAACUUGCUAUGGCAUGAUGGAAAAGUUUGGCUAAUUGAUGUGAGUCAGUCUGUUGAGCCAACACACCCUUACGGAUUGCAGUUCUUGUUCAGGGACUGCACAAAUGUCUCACAGUUUUUUCAGAAGUCAGGUGUGAUGGAAACGCUGAAUGAAAGAGAACUUUUCAAUGCUGUAUCAAACUUGAACAUCACAGCAGAUAAUGAAGUGGACUUUAUAGCUGAGAUUGAGACAUUACAAAAAGUUAAUGAAGAUCAUACACAAUUACAUGGGAAGAAGACUGCUGAAUUUCAUAGUGAUUCUGGAGAUCCACCUAUAAUUGAUGAAUAAGUGUGGCAUGUCUGAAGCGUGAAAGAGUACUUGGAAACUUGGCUACCUGCACUGGUAGUGCAACAUGUCAUCAGCUGCCAGCGUUUUGGAAGAAUUAAGAGCAUUGUCAGUUUUUGAGGGCCGAAACAGUUUAGAUUUGCACAUCAGUGUUGUGCAUCAUACAUGUGUGUGUCUCAUUGAUUAUGAAGCACUGUUGUUGCUUUUCUCUUAACUUUUUAGCUGAUUUUUAUUGGGCUGUCGUUUCAUAUGUCUAGCAUAAUUCAUUGUCUUUUAUAUUAAUGUUAUCUGUGAAAGGAAAAUUGUUUUUCUUUAGCUGAUGCCCCUCACACCAUAUAGAAGCACAAAACUGGGGAAAAAAAGAGAAGUAUGCAAGUUCUUUUCUGAGAAAGAGUGCAAGACAAAUGUGUCUAUAGGUGUAGCUGUGACCUUUAAAUCACAACUCCCAUCCUGACAAACUUGUUAUCUCAGAGCCUUGCGCCAUAGACAGAAAAUAAUAAUAUCAGUAAUUUUGCUUCUCAGUACAUACAAGGUUGUGAGAAUUUAGAUUUUCAGUUUUAAACUUUAUUUUGAAUCACUGUUAAAAACUGUUCUGUUCAUUGUUUGCAAAAGGGCAUUGUUUAGUUAAACUGCAGGUGGAAGAAAAUUUAAAUUAAGGCACAUUUUGAUUUUGUGAUGUUCGAUGUGCCAUUAUAGUAUGGCAUUAAUACAUACUAAAAAAAUUCCUUUUUAUUGGCAUCCAUAAAAGUAACACUAUGUUACUAAUUGAUAGCACUGUUACUAGGAGGUCAUUAUAAUGACAGCUGUGAUUAGCAGUACAAUUACAGUACACAGUGUGCACAUACCUACUUGGAAAAGAAAGUUGAUUAGAAUGAAACAGUUUCUUCUUUCAUUAUCAGAUUAGUGUUAGUCAAAUUGAAUGCUCUGACUGUUUUUAACAUAGGCAUCAAGACUAACAUUUUUACACCCUCUCAUUGACUAAGGAAAAUGUUAUUUUCCAGUUGAAUUGUGUCACUUUGUUAUACUGAGUUACUGUAAUGAUUGACUGCCUGCCUCUAGGUUGCUGAAGUAAUCUGGUAGGUUAGUCUUUCUCUGAGGUAUUCGGUGCUGUAAAGUGAUUGCAGUGCAAAUAAGCUGCUUGAAUAAAGUGGGUGCUGUAAGCAGCACUAGAGAUGUUA